AAGAGGGUGACGGACGCGGUGCCAGUGGUUUUGAAUGUGUCCAUUGAAAGGCUGGCAAUCGGGCAAUAUGCAGAGCUGCGCGUCUGAGAGGCCCCAGCACAGGCUACAGACAGGAAGACAGAACCCCUGAGCAGUAUAGUUCUCACGCGUAAUCGUGCCAGUUUUAAAGUCGACACUCAUUUCGGCCCCGGGACAAUUCCUGUGUGUUAAAAUGCAUAAAAUAGUUCGGCUCCCGCAGUCCCGAGUGCCCCGGCGUCCGCACAGAAGGAGAGAGGAGGAGAGGAGAGAACUGAACUGAACUGAGAGGCAGAGGGAGGGAGAGAGAGAGAGGGAGAGAGAUGGGCUUCCUCUCCUCGCAACAGCAGAGUUGACAGGAUACACCGCAAGAAAACAAACACGAAAAGGGCACGGAUCGGCAGUUUUUUUUUAACGUGCAGAUGAGCCCUGAGCUGCAGAAACGGCGCCUCUUUUUCUUUCUCCCUUGCAGCCGGAGUCGUUGUGGUGCUGUCUGUUGAUCUUGGAAAGCACUCGCCGAGCUAAAUAUACUCGGACGCGUUUCAGCCGCGAUUCCAGUUUCGCAAUGCGAAAGUUUUAGCCGUCCGCUCUCUGGGGGUGGUGUGUGUGUGUGUGGGGGGGGGGAGAACGCUAGUUCUCCCGGUCAAACCUGCGUUAUUCCGACUAAGAAACGACGCGUUCCGUUGCAGGGAGUUGAAAGCAGGCACCCCUCUCCGAGAAAAAGAGACAAGAAGCAGCAAAUCUUUGAAAUGUUAAGGAAGCAGAAGGCAGAAGCAUGCAGCGAGUUCUACUGCGGAGACGAGUGCGCGUACCUGCGGUGUGGGGCGCAGUAGCUGUAGCGGCGGUGACCCUGGCCGCUAUUAGCGUCGCCCUGACGGCGUGGUCUUGGGGACAGACGCGCGACUUGUCUCGGUCUUUCCGGACGCUGCAGGACCACCUGGAACAGCUGAAUUUGCAGCGCGAGGCCAUUGUCCAGCUCCUACUGGAGAAGAGAGAGUUGGCGGAAGGGCAGAGAGUUAAGCGAACGCCAGUCCGAAAGCACAAGAACGGACGAAAUGGCCGGAACAAAGUGGCGGCUCAUUUUGAAAUUCUUUCCCAGACGCAUGUGGGCGAGGAUGGCAUCAUAAAGGGAUGGACAGAAAGGGUUCUAAAUACCACUAAGGCCGUGCACUACGACCCCAACACAGGCACCUUCACAGUGGAGCACAAAGGCCUCUACUAUGUCUACUGCCAAGUCCACUUCAACGACAAACAGACCACCUACGUGAAACUGGAUGUGCUGGCCAACCAGAGCAAGGUGCUGCAGUGCAUGGAGGGAUACAGCACCACCCCCUCCUCCGAGACUCAUCCCUUUCACUUCCUGAAGCCCUGCCAGGUGUCUGGUCUGCUCCAGCUGUCCAAGGGCACAAGGCUAAGAACUGCUACUGGCCCCUCCUUCUCCCUGCACUCCAGCCCACGCCAUUACUUCGGCCUCUUCAAGGUCAUCUGAGACUGUUGCACAGGGCGUCGCCCCACUGGGCAAACCCAUCCACUGAGAAUGAACUGAGAGAUCCCGCGCCCACAUCGCCUCCGAUGCACCACAGCUAAACUGAAUUAAAACAUUCUUAUCGGAGCAGCAAAAUCCAGUCUGAAGAUCUCAUUUCUGCAGAUUCCUCUUUUUGAAAGACUAUCAUUAUUUGGAGUGUAUGAUAUUGCCCUUUUCUCAGUUAACAUCCAUAUGGAAACCCAACAUCACUGCUUGUGAACCCUCCAUCUUCCGAACCAAUGAGAGCUUCCCCAUCCUCUCCCAGACAGCGGUUCCUUUAAAGCAGAACUCUGUCAUUAUGUGCUGCAGCCUGGACUACAAAAGCAGAAGAACCGCUGUGAGGACAAUUCACGGAUGUCAACAAUUCACAUGCCACAGGACUUUCCUUCCCCUGCCCCACAGUUGUGAGAGGCACAGCAACUUGAGAAAUGAAUUUGAUUAAUUUGGCUUUGUUUACCUGUGCAGUGACUUCCCACACAUUCACUGUGGUAUGAACCAGGACAUGGGUCCAAAUUUCUCUCUUGUUCCUAGGGUUCACGGUAUAGCAGUACUGGGUCCUCUCCAGUGGUGAUGGAACCACUUCAGUGACAUACCACUAUGCUCCACGAAGCUGCACUUUGCUAGCUACAGCUGGAGAGACCAGUUGUGCCCUGCUCUUCAGGCAAGGACGUUUCCAUUGUUGAGCAUUUGGCACUGUGUAGCUUACCAUCCCAGCAGUCUAAUAUUUCAAUCAUCAAUCAAUCGUUUUUUUUUCUAGUUAGCAGGGCAGGGAGUUGGCCAUCCUCAGUCCCAGAAAGUCAAGACACAUCCAUCUAUCAACACUAGGUUCAAUGGCACUCUGACCAGUUAAUGAGGAAGUUUAUUUCAGUGAAGUUAUGUACUGGAAUGGGAACCUGGAUUGUGCCAAGCCUCCAAAAGGAGUCAGCUUCUAAACUUUUCAAAAACUUGCAAUUGUUCCCAAAUUUUUAAUUUGGAUGUAUUCUGAAACCUGCUGGAACAUGACGGUCUUGGAUCAGAAUGUGUUGAUGCCAGCGGAGAUGCAGCACUGUGUGGAGAUAUGAGUCACACAUUCCUAACAGGUGUAUGCUGGACUGCCAGCAUUUCCUCCAAAGAAAACAGUGGGGUUCUAACUUGCUCCAGUCAGAACUGAAACCGUACUGAACUGUAGCUCCUUCUACAGGCAGACAGAAAGCUGGAACUGAGCAAGAGGAUGGUUGGGAGGCUGGAAAGCAUGUGUGGAUUUGGAGCCAAAGGAGUCUAAGCACAAGAGUAGCCCCAAGUUGGACUAUCAAGUGUCGCACAAAGAUAGCUACGCUAUUCAGUUACAAUUUUACUGUGCAGGCACUAGACCUGAGUCUGCAGAUUCUGGAAAGAAUGGAAUAAACCCAGGCUUUCCUGGAAAAAAAUCACAGUUGGAAAAAGCAGCAAGAAGGGAGUCUUGGAAAAACAAUAUGAAUCAGAUGAAGUGUGAUGUUCCAGUAAACUAGACUGCGUUGUGCUAACAGUGCCUGCAAACAUUGUUAGCAUCCACACUGGACAGCUACAGUUUAUGGUAUAUCGUAAUAAUAUUGAGGUGGGAGGGAUUGCAAAGGCGAUGGCGAAGCUCAAGCUUGGGAAAGGUACAGAAAUGUCACAGAAAAAUAACAAACCAAGGGGUGAUAAUCCUUGAUUGCCACAAAGCCUGCAUUAAGCAUCCUUAAGUAAAAGAUUAACUAACAGCUUCUUUGGAGGAUAAUGGAAAAACCUCAGGACCAACUCAGCCUGCAGCUCUGUUUCUUUUUGGAGCAGCAGUAUAAGGGAUUACUUUGUGCCCGUGCACACUGGACCCUAUGGAGAGCUGAGUAGCACACCAGUGUUCUAAAAAAAAACAAAAAAACUUUUUUUUGUAAACAUCAUCAUCAGGCAUCAUGUGACUAAGUGGAACCUGGAAUUACUGUAUGGAAGCAGUGUUGUGAAGGGAGGAGGAGAUCAAUCAGUUUUUGAAUUCUUGGAGAUCUGUGAUUUAUUUGUAUUUUUAAUAAUGUAAUACGUUUCGAUACAAAUAAUCCAAUAUAUAUAUAUAAACAUGAUCUGUGAUGCUACUGAGCACAUGCUGGGAUUCUAAUGUGUAUGUCCAGUAAGCUCUAUCCUUAUACCUUGCAGUGAGGGACAGUAGUAGAGGGGUCAGUAUUUAGUCAAUAUUUUGCCUAUGCUUCUUCUACCAAUUUGAGUUUGUGUAGUGCCGUUACGAGGAAUGAUCAUGAAGGGUAACCACAAAUUCCUAUUAAGCCCUCCUUGUUUUUGAUUUGUACAUCAAAGCUGUAAUCAGACACAAAACAGGAAAGUCGGAGGUGUGCCCGUGUGUGGCAAAACCCAGUCACAGUCAGCUAGUGACAGUCCUAGUUAUAGUCAGCUAAUAUCCUUGACUGAUGCAUAUGACGCCUGAAUUGUAGACCCAAUGAGUCAGUGGUUAAAAAACAUGGGUAGUAUCAGGACUGAGCAGGACCCCCAGUAAGUUUGUGAUAGUUGGCAACAUCCAGCCUUGUUUGGAAAAAAUCAGCAGUCAUAGAGAUUUCAAAGAGAAUAGCGAAUUAUUACAGGAAUGAGCAGAAACCAUCAGUAAACAACAAGUCCUUUGCACAGCAGUCCGACAUCAACUGCAUGAUCAUUUGGCUGCUUUCUUGAGGCAGAAAAUAUCACCUCCACAUCAGGCCAGAUCAUAUAGGUUCUGAACUUGAUUAACCCUUAUCCUCAAAAUAAUGAUGGGUAAUGAUGACAUCAUGCUCACUUUCCUGCCAGAGUCAUUCAUUCCUUGACAAGCCACCAGCUCCACAGCACUGUAGAUGGGAGGGCCAGAAGAGUUAGGAGGCGUGGCAUGUUCCAUGGGAAGCAGAGUCUUCCAGUCUGGCCAGUAAGAGUCUACGUACUUGCCACGGCACUCAGUCAAGUUGUGGGAUCCCUCGAGCUGAGGGGUACGGGUCAGAAGGAGCCAAUGACGUGCCCCAGACCCGAGUAAAUUCUACAGCAGAGGGAAACAUCCACAAUUUGAAUUUGAAAAAUGCCUUGACGUCUUGUGACACUUAAGCGCCCUAAAGUGCUCAAUUGAUCUAACUGCUCAGAGUUACCAUUUUGAAAGAGAAGUCUUAACAGGUGCUGGAUUAAAUGAUUCUUUAAUAUUGUACAGGACUGUAACACCUUCGCUUCUAUGCGUUAUUCAGUCCCCUUUGUUAACCAGCGAUCAGGGCAUCAAAAGGUUUACUUUUACUGUAUUAACUUUCUUUUUUUUUCUGUACUACCAUCUGACGUACAAUUAAAAUAGCUUUAUUUUUUAUAAACAGCAGAAAUAAUAAAAAAG